UCAGAACCGCAACGAUACGGAUCGGAACGGAAUAAAACUAUACGAAAAUAUUUCAAACUACGAAACGUACUUAGAAGCGGCACGUGGGUGGCAUUGCAAAUAACAAUAUUCGAGUGCUAAAAAAAUAAAUACAAAUAAAGUACAAUUUAAUGCUUUACGUGAUUUAAUAGCAGAGUGGAUCUGUACGAAAUAAACCAGCUGGCGUACAAAAUUGAAGCAUGCCCAUCAAUUAUUUGAUUUAAUCACCAUAAACGAAAGAUUAAAAAGCCGCAGUGAAAUGAACACCGAGGAAUGUCCGCAAUCGGUCAUCCUGUGAGUCUCCUGCGAAUCCUGUGUGAGUGCUGACUGCUCAGAGCUCGAAAAUGGCGGUGUCCAGCUCAAUUAUGGAAACCGUCGCCACUUUGGCCCUGCUGUUUGGCCUUUUUAUUCGAAAUGGUUACUGUAUAGACUGUUUUAAGUGCGUAUCAUACAAUGGAGCCAACAAAGCCUGCGACGAUCCGUUCCACAACAACUACUCUACGGCAAUUUUGGAGUCGCCGUGCAUGGGCGGGCGAAAGGGGCGUGACGGAUUAUUUCCAGCCACCGCCUGCAUAAAGAUCGCCGGCUAUUACGAUGAAACCGGGGAGACGAUAACGGUGAGGGGUUGUGCUUUAGACAGCGGAACUCUGACCACCGACACCGAGAUUAUAAGAAUGUCGCACUGCGGAAAGUUCUAUUACGACGACAAGUACGUACACGGCUGUCUGCAAAGUUGCAGUGAUGCGGAUGCCUGCAAUUCGGCCAGAAGGCAUCAUGUGAAUCCCGCGGAUCUAGAGGCACUGAUGAGGCUUCUCCUCAGCAUCGCAGUAUUCCUUAUGGCUGCCAUCAGGUAACAUCACGGCUACUUUUACCUGGAAUAUCCGGAGCAGGAGAAACAGGCGGAAAUAUCCUGGGAAACGAAGUGAGGCAGCGGCGGGGCAUUUAAUUCGACUUGGCUGCGCGUGGAAAUGUGGAAAUCCUUUUCUUUUCCUUCGAAUCUCUCUCUGUGUCUAGGAUCGCACCCAAAUGUAAAAGCACUCGAGCCGCUGCAGCAAGGACACGCUCAAAACAGUCACACACAAUCACACUCUCACACAUUAUGGAAUUCAUCAAGCAAUUAUGUGAUUUAUAAGCGAAUACUUAACAACUAUCAAACAAUAAUUGAUGAACUCGAAAGAAAACUAUUUAGAUGCUAAGCAUUCGAGAGUGGAAAAUCAAAGAAAACACUGCAACCUAAAUUCAAAUUCUAACUGCAAUUAUUUUUAGCUCCUAAGUAAGGAUCCUAGAUUUAAACGCUGUCGCUGCUAAGUUUCCACGGAACAAUAUUAUUAGUGCAUGGCAGAAAUGGUUUACGAUUAACAUGCGAUGUGUUUUACCUUGGCCUAAAUAAGUAUUUUUUACUUCUCUAGAUGAGUACUGUACAUAUACGAAACCAAUAGAAAUAUUUGUUAAAGGAAUGCUGAAUUUUGGGCAAAUUAUAAAUAGUUAUGUGUAAAUGGAUUAGUGGGUAAUAUUAGCAACGAAAACUGCGAGCGGCAAAGUGAAGUUAAACUUUAUUAAGCUUUUAAUUCUUUGGUCAAGAAAAACAACAUUGUUUUUUGUUCACUAUCAAACCACAAACAGAUUACAAGCUUUUCUUGGAACUGACCAAGCUAUUUUAUAAUCUUUUUUUGAUCUUCUGAAGCUUUUCCUUUUUAACAAGAAUUUGAUUCAACUCUUAACUAGCGAUUCCGGACUUGCCUAAGUCUUAAAUCAAGUCAUAAAUGUCGAUCAUAAAUGACACAAUUCGUUGCUAUUUAGACUUCUGUUUGUGGACGCCCAAUUACUAACAC